AUGUCGACCACCGAGACUAGUUUGAAACAACGGGGGGCUCAGUUUGGACUGACCAACCCCACCGCGGGGUUGAAGACUACCACGACCAUGGGCAAAGAGUUCAAAGUGCCUGACUACACGAUGAAGGACAUUUUGAGUGCGAUCCCUAAGCACUGCUACGAAAGACUGUUGGUGCGGUCGUUGGGUUACGUGGUGCGGGACAUCUUCUUCAUGUGUCUUAUUUUCUGGACCGGUAACAAGUUCAUUCCUCAGGUGCAAAUUGAUGGCUACGAGACCGCGUCGUGGGUGGCUCGCGGGGCUCUCUGGAUGCUCAUGUCGUAUGGUAUCGGGUUGUUUGGCUUCGGGCUUUGGAUUUUGGCCCACGAAUGUGGCCAUGGUGCGUUUUCUGACUACCAAAACAUCAAUGACUUUGUCGGUUGGGUUCUUCACUCGUACUUGUGGGUGCCGUACUUCUCGUGGAAGUUCUCGCACUCGAAGCAUCACAAGGCCACUGGGCACUUGACCAGAGACACCGUGUUUGUGCCUUACACAAAGAAGGAGUGGUUGGAAAAGCAUAACGUCCUCAAGGCGCUGGAGCUCUUGGAAGAGCUGCCCAUCUAUACCCUCGCCGUGCUCAUUUUCCAACAACUUGGUGGUCUUCAGUUUUACUUGGCCACUAACGCCACCGGUCAACCUCACCCUAACCACUCGUGGUUUGCCAAAUCCCACUACGCGCCUCUGUCGCCGGUGUUUGACCCUCACCACUACUGGUUCAUCGUGUUGCUGGACAUCGGUGUUGGUAUCACCGCGUUUGUGGUGUACCAAUGGUACAAGCACUUUGGUCUCUUCAACAUGAUGGUGGGGUGGUUUGUGCCCUGGUUGUGGGUGAACCACUGGUUGGUUUUCGUUACCUUCUUGCAACACACCGACUCCACCAUGCCCCACUACGCCAACGAUGAGUGGACCUUUGCCCGUGGUGCUGCCGCCACCAUUGACCGUAACUUCGGCUUCAUUGGUCAGCACAUCUUCCACGACAUUAUCGAAACGCACGUGUUGCACCACUACGUUCUGAGAAUUCCUUUCUACAACGCUCGUGAAGCGUCGGCUGCUAUCCAAAAGGUGAUGGGCACUCACUACCGUUACGAAGGUGAGAGCAUGUGGGUGCUGUUGUGGAAGACUUUGAGAAUGUGUCAAUUCGUCGAAGACAACUCGCUGGCUCCUGGGGUGUUCAUGUACAGAAACUCCAAUGGCAUUGGCGUUAAGGCCUUAGAUUAG